GUAGAGACUUGAACUUCCAUUUUUGACUCGACAGACAAGCAUAGGGUUAAGGACGCAGGUGUAUAGGGCUAAAUUAUCUCAUAAAUGACUUCCUCUGCUAUCAAUGCCUUAAUUAGGGAGUAUUUUGUUCUCCAUUAUCCAGCGGUUGCCAAGGCCUUUAAGAAAGACUCUGCGCUAAUCGAUGAGGCAAAAAGGGAACAGGUGUUUAAGCAAAGCAGUCUUGAAGCACUCAUACGCAACACUAAUCUAAAGCGGAAGCGCGCUGAUGAUGCAUCCAACAUUCAUGCAUCGCCUCUGCAUGGCAUAAAAGGGACUCCUCCUAAAAUGGCAUCGCGUGUAGAAUCUAAGAGGGCACCCAUAUCAGAUAGUUCUGAUGAGGAGGCACUCAUCACCACCACAACUUCAAAGAAGGUGCCGAAGAAUGGUCCAGUGGAAGAUACGGAGUCUGCCUUUAAUGCGCGACGUCAAGAACCCAACAACAAUGGAGCCCGCAGCGGCCCCUCAAACCGUAUGGGAGAUGGAUCCUACCGCCGUUUUCAACGAAUAGAUCCAACUAAAGUUGAAUUUUAUGAUGAUGCUCUGCGCGACAAUCGUCCUGGGUCUGAGCAUAUGGUAUUGCGACAAAACCAAGAGAUGAUGCGCGUAAAGGGGAAAAACUUCAACAAGCUGAAGCAGAAAAAUAAGGGGAGGUUUUAUGGUGAGGGUGUGGAUUUCUCGGUGCGUUCUUACCAAUUUCCUGACAGUGAUGAGGACUAGGAUCAUGUCAAUGUUUUUUAGAAUUAAUUAGGGAGUAGCUUUAAAGUGCAGCUUAUUAAGAUGAAUCAUUAAAGGCUUCAUUUAUUAAGUAACUCUACUAUAAAAGCCCAUAAAAGAUGUCGAAUUAAGUGUAAUCUUAGCUAAUUACGAUUAAGUUUUUUAUAUUCCCUUGUAGUCAAAACAUGGGACAAACAUGAUCUAUCAA